GGGGCGGAGAUAGCGGUCGAUCCGCGCUUUGUGCACUGGGCGUAAGAGCCGCCCAACCGUUCCGCCGCUUACCGGAAAUCGCUCCCGAACUAAAGACAUCGGUUGUUUCACUUUCUUUUGCGGCGUUUUCUUUUUCUUUUUUAAGCGUGGAAAUACACGACAGCUUCUCAAAUCCAGUACCGUCUGGAGGUGGAAACAUGAAGGCAGCUCUCUACGCAUUCGUAAUCGGCCUGUUUUGCCUUCCGGGCCCGUCGGCGACCAAGGAAUAUCCGCCCACUGUGCAGGUGUACAGCCGUAGACCCGCAGAGUACGGGAAAGACAACGUCUUGAUGUGUUACGUGACCGGCUUCCACCCGCCACUAAUCACCAUCGACCUGCUCAAGAAUGGCAACAACAUCACCGAGGCCAUCCAGUCCGACCUGAGCUUCGAGGAGGGCUGGUUCUACACCCUGCUCAAACACGGGCGGUUCACCCCGAGCAAAGGAGAUCAGUACGCCUGCCGAGUGACCCAUAUGGGGAGACCCAAGACCUUCUUCUUGGAAUCAGAUAAUUAGGUUCCGUGCUCCAACUUGCUCCAGGUCUGCUGAGUCUCAAGAAGAUGAUGACGACUGGAAAGCUUUGUCUAUAAUCUUGGGUUUCAUUGUCAAAUUUUGAGGGUUCAGCAAAUGAGAGUAGAGACUGCACUUAAUCCAGCUGUGUGUUUUUGUGAAAGCACUUCCAAAUACCAGCAAAGCUUUGUUAAUCACUUAGCUUUGAAGAGAGCAGAAAUCUUGAAAUCUCACAGCAACAAGCCUUAAAUUACUAGAUUACAAUGAAUACUGCUCCCCCGGCUCCCACGGGUCCCAGUUUCUCCCAGUUGGACCAUGAUACAUGCAUUUUACUACCCCUGUACCUGCACCUGCUGGCUCACACCGUGCCCAAUCUCAGAGAGAUUUACAAUUAUGAGAUCGUUCAGUCUGAAAAUCGGAAAUAGACUUUUGAGUGCCGUUCGUGGCGUCCUCGCAAAAAGAUGAUUAAAAAUAUGUAUAUAUUUGAGACUAUAUUCAGACACAGUCUAAGAGGAGCCUGUUUUCUGGGUUGCAAUAGCUUUCUUUGUUGCAGCACCACAGUUUUCUACUAGAAAAGCUGCCAUCAAGACUGACUGUGCCACUCUGUCUCUGUAUUAUUGAAUUCACCCAUGCUUUAUUAUUACAGUGAUAAGUCCUAAUGGCUGACAUGUCGGCAGACACUUGCACAUCCAGCAGAAACAGGGCGAUGUGGACAUCC